CUAUUGUAGUACUAACUAAUUUGAUGUUUAUUUUUCUAUUAGUUAUUUUAUUAGUUAUUUUUAGAAAUUGAGACUUGAUUGUUGUUAAAGUGUUAAUGAAGACGUGUAUUUUAAAUUUUAAUUUUGAUGAUUUUAUAUUUUUAUUUGAGACCGGUUCAACUUGUGAUCCACUAGUUGAACUAAUAACCUAGUGAUCUAGUAGUCUAACCGGUUUGAUUAUUGGUUCGGUUCUAACAACUAGGUUUGAUAUCACUCAUACUUUCUUGGAAUUCUGUUACUGAAUUGACUUAUACAUCCCUAGGAUUGUAUUGGGAUUGAUUACCGGUAGGCAUAGAAUGGAGAAGGGCUUAAGUAGCAUCAGCACCAGCAGCAGCAAGGAAGGGUUACCUCUCACCCCUCAUUCCAACUUCAAAACUGCUUCCACCGACGAUGACCUCGCUCACAUUCUCUUCAACAUCAAAUCCUCCAAAACUUCCGCUGUUAUCAAUUAUGGCGCCUCUUGGUGCCGCGUGUGCAGUGAAAUCCUCCCUGCAUUCCAUAGAUUGAGCAAUAAUUUUCCAAAGCUCUCCUUCGUCUAUGCAGAUAUUGAUGAAUGCCCAGAAACAACUCAACACAUUCGAUACACCCCUACUUUUCAAUUUUUUCGAGAUGGUGAAAAGGUAGAUGAAAUGUAUGGUGCUGGAGAAGAGAGGCUGCGUGAUCGCGUCUGGUUGCACUCUUGAGUACACUAUACAAUGUCAUUUUUAUUGUCAGAGUUAGGUGACAUGCUUGCAAUUUUCCAGUAGAUGUAACAUUGUGAAUCAUGAACAAUUCAGUGAAUAUUCAGGCAAACCCAGUAUCCAAUGUUUCCAUUUGAAA